AGUUUAUUGCCACCAGAAAUUUCUAAUCGACUGAUCAUAUUUUCAAUUAAACGAUCCACUGGCCACUUACAAUAUUCUUCACGUUCUCUAUUUUCCGGGAUCAUAAUUGGAGGAAAAUGGGGGCCAUCUUGGCCAAGUUCCGGAAAGGGAAGACUACAGUGGAGAUAUUGGAAGGGAUCGAUAAAGACAUCGACGGGCUACUUCGAUCUAAGCGACGUAAUGUCGAACUGGAGAAGCACUAUAUGGGCAGCUUACUGCUCUACUCGGUCAUUGGAUACCUGAUAAUGGCACUCUUCUUCUAUUUCCUCUACAAUGCUACGACUUGGCUACAGAGAGUUGUUCAGAUUUUACCACUUCUUCUCUUUCCCUUCUUAAUUUGGCUGAUACGGAAAGCGUUACAUUGGUACUUUGUGAAGAGGAUCGCUAAAAAUGAUCUUGCCCUUGAAGAAUUGAGGAACAAGAAAAAGACCGUUCUAGAGGAUGUGAAGGAAAACGAGAGUUAUAAGAAAGCCAAAGAGAUCCUUGAGAAGUUUGACCCCAGUGCGACCUUGCCACCUCUGACCCCCGUUCAGACACCAGCACUUGGGAGAGGACAAACACCAACACCAGCUCUGCGCCAGAGACCAUUCAGUGCAAGGGGCAGGGGUCGCGGAAGAGGAUCUCCAAGCAUGACCCCCAUGCGACCUUCAGCUCGUCUAGGGAACCAACCAAUGCUACAAUCACCUCAAGCUGCGAUGAUCAGGUCUCCAGGUACAGUCAGACCAAUCCUAUCACAAGAACAGACUACCUUUGACAAGUUGGUCGGUUACUUGGUUGGGGACGGACCAGGGAGCAGGUAUGCUCUCAUCUGCAAACAUUGCUAUUCACACAAUGGCAUGGCUCUACAAGAGGAAUAUGAAUAUCUUGCCUUUAGGUGUGCCUACUGCAAGACCUUCAACCCGUCUAAGAAAGUCCGACCUAAUGCUCCCAAGCUUCCUGAGACACCUGCUGUUGCAUUUGGAGCAAGACUUGUAGAUCCCGAGAGAAGAGGUUCUGGCUCCAAUGCCAGUGGAAGUGAAUUCAGCGGGUCUGAGACGGAAUCUACCUCCAGCCACCAGAACCAAACUGAAGAACCCACUACAACAAUGGAACCAUCAGCAGAGGUACAGAGCACAGAGGAAACUCCUGUAAAGGAGACUAUCGAGAAAGAAGAGGAGACUAUCGAGGAUGAAGCGGGAGACCACAUUGAUGUUACCGAGAGUACAACAGAAACACCUGAAAGGAACGAAGCUCCAGAAGUAGAACAACUCAGAUAACAUUUUCUCUUUUCUACUUUAUACAGUUAACGACUCAAUUAUUCAUACCCUUACCAAGUUUUGUAAUUUUUGAAGUAUGUGAAAAAUUUGUUGGUCCCAAUUUGUUUCUUGGGAAUGUGACCUAUUAGAGCUUACAUCUAAAAGUGUUCAACAAAGGGCCUCAUUCAACCGGUCCACCUUUCAUUCUUGAGAUACUGAAAAGCACAAAAUAACAGCAAAUUUACAAGGGGUGUCAAUAAUUGAGUUGUUAACUGUUUAUGUCUGUUCAUUUGCUAGUUUAUACCAACGUUACUUUCAGAAUGCCUGUACAUGCGCUCAGUGUACAGUAUUAUUUUCCUAUUACCUUCAGCCUUUUCAUUUUACAAGUCACACAUUAUAGAAUUCAGACAAUAUUAAUUCAAGGGGUGGGAAUUAACAAGAUACAAUGAAACCUGUCUACAAAGACCAACCAAGGGAGACAAGAAAAGUGGUCUUUAAAGGCAGGUGGUCUUUAAGUACAGGUUCCUUUAGUACAUGUUUCAAUGAGAAACCAUUUUCAAGGGGGAAAAAAUGUGGUUUUUGUAGACGGGUGAUCUUUCUAUACAGGUGGUCACUAAAGCAGGUUUGACUUUACAUGAUGAUAUGUUAACAUUUGCUAUGAUUACGUAUAGGGAGACCUUAGAUGGAUUGUUGUAUUGAAUUCCUUAAAUCUUUAUAGGCAGGUGGUCUUUAUGUAUAGGUUCAUUUAGUACAUGUUUCAAUGAGAAACCAUUUUCAAGUGAAA